UUACCUGUGCCAGCUAGCAACAGAGUAGAAGGCUGGGAUGGUCUUUUAAACCCUUCAUAUUGUAAGCACCCAUUGUCUCUCCAGGCAUUUACAGAUUCACUCCCUGGCCACCGGAAGUCCUGUUUUAAAGGGCCUGGGGGCGCUCAAACAUGGCCAGACACUCCAUCUUGUAUGUCAUCCUGCUGAGUGCUCUGAUUGACAAGAGUCAAGCCUGUUACUGUGACCAUUACCCAUGGAGCGAGUGGUCCAGCUGCUCAAAGACCUGCAAUACUGGAACCCAAAGCAGAUUUAGACACAGAGAAAUAAAUGACUACUAUGUGAAGAACAGCUGUGGCCAGCUUUGCACCUUCCACGAGACCAGAGAUUGUAACUGGCAAGCUUGUCCUAUCAACUGCCUCCUGGGAGAUUAUGGACCAUGGUCAGACUGUGACCCUUGUGUUGAAAAACAGUUUAAGGUUAGGCCUAUGCUGCGCCCCAGUCAGUUUAAAGGACAACCGUGCACUGAGUCCCUGGUGGAUUUUCAACCAUGCAUUCCAACUAAACUCUGCAAAAUCGAAGAGAUUGACUGCAAGAAUAAGUUCCGUUGUGACAGUGGCCGCUGCAUUGCCAGCAAAUUAGAAUGCAAUGGAGAAAAUGACUGCGGAGACAAUUCAGAUGAAAGGGAUUGUGGGAGGAAGAAAGUCGUCUGCUCACGGAAGUUUGAGCCCAUCCCUAGUGUGUACUUGAUGGGUGCUGGGUUUAAUUUUCUGGCAGGAGAGCCCAGAGGAGAAGUCCUUGAUAACUCUUUCACUGGAGGAAUAUGUAAAACUGUCAAAUGCAGUAAAACAAGUAAUGCAUACCGUGUUGCAGCCAAUCUGGAAAAUGUCAGCUUUGAGGAAGAAAUUAAAGAAGAUGAGUUGGAAUCAGAUCUCUAUCAGGAUUUAAAGGCUGUUGAAAAGAGUGCAGAUCAAAAAGCCCAGGCAGCUUUGGGUACAGCCAAGAGAUUUUACGUGCCAAUUUUUUAUUCUUCAUCGCAAAGUCAAUCCUCUACCCGGAAUUCUGCCUUCAAAGAAGCCAUUGAAGCCUCCCACAAAAAGGAUUCUAGUUUUAUUAGGAUCCAUAAAGUGAUAAAAGUCUUAAACUUCACAAUGAAAAGUAAAGACCUGCAUCUUUCUAAUGUCUUUUUGAAAGCACUUAACCACCUGCCACUGGACUACAACUAUGCUCUGUACAGCCGGAUAUUUGAGGACUUCGGGACUCACUAUUUCACCUCUGGUUCCCUGGGAGGCGUGUACGACCUCCUCUAUCAGUAUAGCCGUGAGGAACUAAAAAACUCAGGUUUAACCGAGGAAGAAGUUCAAAAUUGUAUCCGGAUCGAAAUAAAGAAACGUUUUCUUUUCUUUAAAAAGACAACCGUGGAACACCGGUGCACCACCAACAAGAUGUCAGAGAGAUAUGAAGGUUCAAUGGUGAAGGGAGCAGAGAAAUCCAUCUCCUUGAUUCAAGGUGGGAGGAGUAAGGAGACAGCAGAUCUGGUGAGGGAGAAAGGGAACUCUGGUUCCAGGGAGAAGGUCUUCCAGGAUUGGAAAGAAUCGGUGAAGGAUAAUCCUGUUGUGAUUGACUUCAAGCUUGCUCCCAUCACAGACUUGGUGAGAAACAUUGCCUGUGCCGUGACCAGGCGGAACAACCUCAGGAAAGCUUUCCAAGAGUAUGCAGCCAAGUUUGAUCCUUGCCAGUGCGCUCCAUGCCCAAACAACGGCCGGCCCACCCUCUCAGGGACCGAGUGCCUGUGUGUGUGCCAGAGUGGCACCUACGGCGACAACUGUGAGAAACGUGCCCCAGAUUAUAAAUCCGAUGCGGUGGAUGGGAACUGGGGCUGCUGGUCUUCCUGGAGCCAGUGCGACGUCACGUAUAAGAGGUCGAGAAGGCGAGAAUGCAACAACCCGGCCCCCCAGCGCGGAGGGAAACCCUGCGAGGGGGAGAGUCGGCAAGAGGAGCCCUGCACGAUUUCAAUAAUGGAGAACAAUGGACAAGUAUGUAUCAAUGACGAUGAAUAUGUAAGAGAAGUAGACCUUCCUGACAUAGAAUCAGACACAGGGUGUCCUCAGCCCGUUCCUCCGGAGAAUGGAUUUAUCCGAAAUGAAAAGAAAGUGUACUCAGUUGGGGAAGAUGCUGAAAUCGCAUGCUAUACCGGAUUCAAACUUGUUGGCUACCAGUACUUCAGCUGUUUACCAGACAGGACCUGGAGACAAUUAGACGUGGAAUGCCAACGGACACAGUGCCUCAAGCCAGUCGUGCAGGACGUCCUGACGCUCUCGCCGUUUCACAUAUCAUACAAAGUUGGUGACUCCAUUGACCUAACUUGUCCCAAAGGCUUUGUUGUUUCUGGGCCAUCGAGGUACAUGUGCACAGAGGAUUCCUGGGUCCCGCCCAUUUCAAACUCGCUCACCUGUGAAAAUGAUGUUCUGAGCAACUUAAAAGGCAAUUGUCAACCAGGACAAAAAGAAUCAGAAUCUGGAUGUGUUUGUAUGUCACCAGAAGAAGACUGUAGCCAUUACUCAGAAGACCUCUGUGUGCUUGAUUCCGACUCCAGCCAUCACUUUACUUCACCAGCUUGUGAAUUUUUGGCCAGGAAAUGUUUAAAUAAUGAGCAAUUCCAUUUUCUACAUACCGGUUCCUGCCAAGAAGGUCCACAAUUAGUCUGGGCUCUUGAAAGGACAACACUUUCAUUCAAUGGCACGAAGAAGGAGCCCUGCGGCUACGACACCUGCUACGACUGGGAGAAGUGCUCGGCCUCCACUUCCAAAUGUGUCUGUAUGUUGCCCACCCAGUGCAUCAAGGGUGGAGACCAGCUCUACUGCGUCAGGAUGGGAUCAUCAACAAGGAGUAAGACAGUGAAUAUCUGUGAAGUAGGAACUGUAAGAUGUGCCAAGAGGAAAGUGGAAAUCCUGCAUCCUGGGGCAUGUGUGGCCUGAGACAGUUGCUGAUAAACAGAUUUCCUGUCCAAAACGAAUCCUUACAAAAGGGCAUUCUUGUGCAAACAGCAGACUGGCAUGCCCAGAAGCUACUGACAAAUUUGUUUGUGUAGUUUCUUAUCCUUAUUCUCCCCACCUCUCCUGCCUUGGCCCCUCCUGCCUUGGGCCCCACUCCAGGUCCAGCCCUGACACCCUAUAGCACAUCCCUAGGUAACACCUUUCACAUCAACCUAGCAAACACUUCUGUUCAUGUUGCAUUAAAAUGAUAGCACUUCCGAGGACCUUAGGAAGCCUGUGGUAUUAAGCAUCCUCCCCAAGUAGGAAUAAGAAAAAAACUCCAUAAUUUUUGUCAAUGAGUCAAUAAACAUAGAAAUCUACAACAACUUGUAAAGUACGUUCCUGGGAGCAAACCUUCACGCAUUCAUUCAACAAAUAGUUCUGAAUGUUUACUGUGUGCCAACUACUGGUUAAAGUGCUGGUGAAACAGCAGUGAAUAAAACAAGAAAAAUUGCUUGCCUUUGUGAAAUUCAUGU